AAAAAUUUCAUCAUGUUUAAAUGAAAUCAUAAUUCAAUUUUGAUGUUUUCUUUUUGUUAACCAAUGUAAUCAUCUUGAUUUUUUUGUGUUUUGGUCGUAUAUUGUCUUUUAGCAAAUGUUAUCAGGACGUUCAGCUAAAAAGGCUUUAAUAAAACCAUUACCGCCCGGUUUAUUUACUAAAAGCUCAUUCAAAAGAACAUCUAAUAAUUCUUUCAGCGGUUUCGAUAACCUCAUUGUUGCUUCCACUCCACCCAGCAAAUCCACGCCAAGGAGUUCUCUUGCUGAAAAUAAGCAAGAACAAUCUAUAGACUCUAUUGAAGAUUAUACAAUAGUUGAAAGUGAUGGAGAUGACGAAGUUUUCCAAGAUACAACUGAAAGACGAGUAAGCUUGAACUCUACUGUGAAAAGGAGUUCGACAUCAGCAACUAAGUUAAGCAGUCUACUUGCAUCAUCUCCUCUCAAUUUUGUACAAAAAAGAAAAAGAAAGCCUGUGACUCCAAGUACUCCGGUGGAUUCUGUCAAAAGCGGUUCAUUAAAACUUGAUGGAAUUGAUGAAAGUUCACCUGUUAAGAAAGCUAAGUGUGCUCAAUUCGCUGAUCAAAGUACUAUUUUUAUCAAUAGAUGGAAGCGUCUAGAUAAAAAAUCUCCUCAUCAAAAAACUAGAGAGGUUAAUAUCCCGAACAAUACUACUUUGGUUGAUCAAAUGAAAGCCCUCAUUGAAAAAGAAAGGAACAUUCGCACAGUUUGGCGCCAUUCAGUCACGUCACAACUGAAAAAUAAAUUCAAGGAAACGAUUAAUGGAAAAGAAACAUUAACCAUGAGGUUAUCCAACUUUAUUUGUCAAUUUCAUGUUGGUUUUGCGAAUGGUGAAAUAAUUGAAGCGUCUAUUAAACAAAAUUAUAAAGUCGGAGAUACUGUGUCGCUGAUUUUCCCAUCAAUAUUAUGUGAAAGUAUGGGAUUUUCUAAUGGAACUAUCGUCCAGUUUGUUUCUCCAUGGAGUGUCAUUAUGAUACGAAAUCAGAGGUUUAUUAUUAAUCCUUUUUGGAUUGCUGUUAUCGAAAGAUGCACCCUGAAGAACGAAAAAAAGAAAUCUGACGAUAAAGAAGAAACGCUAGUAACAUGGAGCUGUCCUUGCCAAGAAAGUUUUGGAAACAUUGAUCCGCUUGAAUGUAAUCGUGCUUAUUCUCAAAAUGUUGGCUUUUGUUGAAGUUUAUGACUGAAUACUUAACAAUGAUCUCAAACUCAUUAACUUUGAUUGUUAAUGAAGAUAUUUUUUGCUACUUUUUUUGCUCAUUAUAAUUAGUUAAUUUUCCUUAAAAUUUUUGUAUACUUUACUUUUUUGAUAAAAUUCCUUCAAUAAACAAACUAUAUGGAUCACGAAAAUUCAUCCAAUUUUAA